GGUAAGAGGCAUGGGAGGGUCCCAUUUAAACAGGGUCCUAGGAAAACUUCUCAGGGGUAAAGCAAAUUUCCUUGCCCCUGAUGACCAGGGGAAGCCAGGCUUAUCCUAAUUGACGGAACUGAGAUAAUAUUCACGCAUGUCAGGUCACCUCAGGAAUCAGCUCUUUCUGGGGCCUGCUAUGAUAGAAAGAUUACAACAGGCCAGCAGGAUUUGUUUGUGGGAAGCUGAACAAAAUUUGAAACAAAAGUGAAUGUACCAGUGUGUUUCUGGGGGAAAGAGAAGUAAGGUGGUGGUGAGCAGCUAGCAGCAACCCUGGGAAGGGCAUUGGCAACAUGGACUAUGAUGAUGAUGAUGAUGAUGUAGCUGAACGUAAGCAAGAUGAGGGUGACCAACAGGCUGAGAAAAGUGAUUCUGAUGAAGAUAUCAUCUGUGUAGUAGAACCUCCUGCUGUCAUUGAAAAAGAUAAAGUCCAGCCUGAGAGCUAUGAAACAGACCUGGAGAUUGAAGUUGACUCUGAGAAGACUUUCACUACAGGACAAGAAGAUGUAUACCUAGAAGCCUGCAAGCUUGUAGGAGUGAUUCCUGUGUCUUACUUCAUCAGAAACAUGGAGGAAACCCACAUGAACCUCAAUCAUCAUGGGCUGGGACCCAAAGGUACCAAAGCCAUUGCCAUAGCCUUAGUGUCCAAUACAACUAUCACCCGCCUGGAGUUAGAAGACAAUUGGAUCCUGGAAGAAGGUGCCUUGGCCCUGAUGCAGAUGCUACAUGAGAAUUACUACAUUCAAGAACUGAAUAUCUCCAACAAUCACUUGGAUUCUCCAGGGGCCAAAAUUAUCACAGAUUUUCUCUUGGAAAAUACUUCUUCACUCUGGUCAAUUCAACUUGCAGGGAAUAACUUCAAUGAUGAUACAGCCCAGAUGUUCUGCAAUGCACUUAUGUCUAAUUACCAAAUCAAGGUCCUGGACCUCAGCCACAAUGAAUUUUCUGAGAAGGGAGGAGAGCAGUUGGGACAUAUGCUGGUCCUCAAUGAAGGACUGCAGACAUUGAACCUCAGCUGGAACCAACUGAACUUGAAGGGGGCUUUGUCAUUGUGUCACAGUCUCCGGGUCAAUGUUACCCUGAAGAUUUUGGAUGUUUCUUGGAACGCCUUUGGUAAUGAAGGGGCUCAGGCCCUGGGGGAUGCGCUCAAAGUCAACUCUACUCUGUCCUACCUGGAUAUCAGCAACAACCACCUGAACAACGAAGGGGCCAUCAAGCUGGGCAAGGGACUAGAGCUCAACGAAACUCUCAGAAUUUUAAAGAUGUCCCAAAAUCCUAUGACUGUGGAAGGGGCACUGUCACUUGUCUUGUCUGUCAAGAAGAACACCAAAAGCAGAUUGGAGGAGAUCAACAUCUCAAAUGUGUUGGUGACUGAAGAAUUUGUGAAACAGCUAGAUGGAGUCUUCUUUAUUCAUCCUGAGCUAGAUGUGAUUUAUGGUGAAGUGGCAGGUACUGUCUGUAAGUCAGUCAAGUCACCACUUGCUUUAACGGUGAUCAAGGCUUAUGUGAAAAGGAAGAAUACUACAGUUUUUGAAUUCUUGAAGAGCAUAGAUCAUCUUGGAACAACGAAGAUGCCUGUGGCAGAGUUUCGGAAAGCCUUAACAAUGCAAACAAAGGUUCCUUUGAAAAGAAUACAAAUCAGGGAAUUAAUCAAGACACUAGACCCAUAUGGAACAGGGAUAGUUGACUACAGCGUAUUCUAUGAACCAAGUGAAGCAGCCCCAGUGAAAUGAGAAGCAAUACCACAGAGGAGAAAUGAAAAGGAAGCAAGAAACUAAGGAAACAUACACUAAAGCUUUAUAGAUAACUUUGUGGACAGCCAAUGAAAAGGCAGGCUCUUGGAAACAGGAACU